ACAAGAACAAAGGCGUAUUCACUGCCCCCUUUGAAUGAUCUUAACUUACAGUGUAUUUAGUUCCAGAUGAAGCCGACUGAGAUGCAUAAAGACGGGGUAUUGUUGCGCCCCCUUCUCCCUUUUCAUUGAUGCCUAGCACAAUGUUUAUAAAGGGUGGGAUCUACAAAGGCACUAGUUCUGACAAAAGACAGCGAGCAGGACAGAACAUCAUGCUUUACUAUGCAGAGGCUUGAAAUUUCAUUUUAGCUUUUUGAAUAUAACAAAGCAUCUCAGAGGAACGAUGGAGGAUGCAGAGGAUGAAAUAGCGGUUAUCGGGAUUGGAUGCAAUUUCCCUGGAGGUGAGGGGUUGGACAACUUCUGGCGGGUGCUGUUGGAGGGAAAGAACUGUGUUGUUGAUAUUCCAGCAGAGAGGUUUGAUACCAAUUUCUGGUACGAUGCUGAUGAAAGCAAACCAGGAAAGACACAGACAACCAAAGCAGCUCUUAUAGAAGGGUUUAAUGAAUUUGAUCACAAGUUUUUUGGCAUCACUGAAGCGGAGGCUGAUUCCAUGGACCCUCAGCACAAACUGCUUCUGCAGUGUACCUACAGGGCACUAGAGGAUGCAGGAGUUGCCGUGGAAAGCAUCAACGGAAGCAGAACUGGAGUUUACAUAGGUCUGAUGAACAAGGAUUACGAGAUGCUCCAAAGUAACAGUUCCACUACAAUAAGCCACUACAACUGCACUGGGACGGCGAUGAGUGUGGCUGCUAAUAGAAUUUCCUUCACCUUUAAUCUCACCGGACCUUCUUUUGCCAUCGACAGUGCCUGUUCUUCAUCUCUGGUGGCUCUACAUUUAGCCUGCCAGGCUAUAAAGCAAGGAGACUGUGCGAUGGCUCUGUGUGGAGGUGUCAGCUGUAUAAUAGAGCCAAAAGUGUACGUUGCUCUCAGCAAGGCCAAGAUGAUCUCACCUGCAGGAACCAGCAAACCUUUCUCCAGCAGAGCAGAUGGAUAUGGUAGAGGAGAAGGCUGCGGCAUUGUUUUCCUGAAGCCUCUGAAAAAAGCUUUAAAAGACUGCAACAAAGUGUGGGGGAUCAUCAGCAAAACAGCCGUCAACCAAGAUGGUCGUUCAGUCACUCCAAUCACAAAACCUUCCAUGACACAACAAGAGGAGCUCCUGCGAAGAAUCUACUCAGAGUCUGACCUCGCAAACGUCCAGUACAUCGAGGCACAUGGGACUGGAACCCAAGUUGGAGAUCCAACAGAAGCAGGAAGUAUAUCUAAUAUAAUUGCUAAAACCAAACCUCCUGGUUCAGAGAGACUCCGGAUCGGCUCUGUGAAGAGCAACAUCGGACAUACAGAAUCUGCAGCUGGAGUGGCCGGGCUCAUUAAGGUCCUCCUAAUGAUGAAGCAUGCAACCAUUGUUCCCUCUGCUUUCUACUCAGAAGACAGUGCUAGUGUAGAUGUAAAAUCUCUGAGAAUUAAUAUUCCAAUUAAAGCUGAAAAAUGGAAGAGGAAUGGGUCAUUAGAAAGGGUCGCUGGGAUCAACAGCUUUGGGUUUGGAGGCACAAAUGCACACGCCAUUGUAAGUGAACACAGACAGACCAAUGUUCCCUCUCGGAUCCCAAAAGGCUGUCCAAAACUCUUUGUAAUAUCUGCAGCCUCUGAGAAAUCAUUGAUCCUGUCUAUCACUGACACCUACCAGAGGCUUUGCAGCACUCAAACAGUUGAUAUACAGGCACUGCUGUACACUUCAGCAUGUGGAAGGAGUCAUGUGAGACACAAAUACAGGAAGGCCUUCCCAACAUCUUCCCUCUCAGAUUUAGAAAGUCGGCUGACUUCUACACUGAAGACCAAGUUUGAGUCAGUAAGGUUUGACAUCCAGGUGGUCUUUGUGUUCUGUGGAAAUGGGGUUGCCUACAGGGGAAUGUGCAAGCAGCUCAUGAGAGAGAUUCCUGUUUUCAGAGAUAAAGUCAGAGAAGUUGAGAAUCUCUUUAAGAGUCAUCAAAUAAUCGACAUCAGUCAAUGGCUUGCUGGUGAGAAUGAUAAUGAUGAUUUCAGCAAGCCAAAUGUUGUCCAGCCUCUUCUUUUCACGAUUCAAGUUGCCAUUGCUGCUGUCCUAAAGCAGUGGGGUGUCAAACCUGAUGCCGUGCUCGGACACUCUGUAGGUGAAGUCGCUGCUGCCCACUGUUCUGGUCUCUUGUCUCUUGAGGAUGCUGUGAAAGUGUUGCACCACCGCAGUUCUCUUCAGAGCAAGGUCACAGGGGGGAAAAUGCUUAUUGUUGGUAAUGUGGCCGUAGAAAAGGUGCUGAAAAUCCUUCCAGAGUUUUCUGGAAAAGUUUGUGUUGCAGCGUUCAACAGCCCCCAGUCCUGCACUCUGUCAGCGGAAGCAGAUGCUAUAAAGCUCCUCCAUAAGAGGCUGAGGAUUGUCUUUACAGAGAAAAAUCUCUUCCUCCAUGAGCUAGAUGUUCCAGCAGCUUACCACAGUCAUAUGAUGGACCCCGUUCUAGAUGACAUUGAGAAAAGUAUUGAUCCUUUGGUUGCCCACGACAAGAACUGCAAACUUUUUUCAACAGUGACUGGAGACAGUUACUCUGAUGGUGACUUUACAACAGGCAGGUACUGGGCGAGGAACAUCCGAGAGGCUGUUUUAUUUGAACAAACACUGCGUGCUGCCACCAAAGACAAGAAGUCUAAAAGAAAUGCUGUCUUUGUGGAGAUUGGACCUCGAGCGGCUCUCCGAAGAAACAUACGUGAGACUUUGGGAGGUGAUGCCAUAGUUCUUUCCUCUGUCCAGCCAGGGAGCGAUUAUGACACAAUUCUGUCUACUGUGGCCAAACUAUUUGAAUUGGGCAUCAGUGUAGACUGGUGUCAGCUCUACAAGGGCUGUGAGACAUUGCCCACAGCUUUUCCAGUCUAUCAGUUCGACAACAUGAAGAAAGAGCUGAAUUUUGAAGCCGUUAGAAAAGCUAAUGAAUCAUCUGCUUUUUAUCCUCAUACGCUUAUGUCCCAAAUAAAGCAGGGAGACAAAGAGUACACAUGCAACCUCUCACUAGACACAGCGUCAUAUCUAUGGGAGCAUAAAAACAAUGGUGUUCCCAUUGUGCCAGGUGCACUGUAUGUCGAGCUUGCUUAUGCAUCAGUGAUGGCAAGUUUAAGGCCAAAGAAACCUGUUUCUCUCAUCCAGCUCAGUGUAAGAUUUGAGAGCCUGUUUACGCUUAGCUCAAACUGUAAUCAGUUGAAAGUGACGCUGGAUCACGCAGAGAAUGAAGCUUCAUUUAAGAUACAGUCCUCUGUCGCAACACAUGCCUCUGGCACAUACACAUGUACAGAUGACACACCGCUGUUGGAGGAACCAACCAUUUGUCUUGACUUGAUUUCCCAAAGGUGCAAAUCGGUUAUGAGGAGAGAAGAGAUUUAUUCAGUUCUCUCUCAAGCGGGAUUUGAAUACGGCUCUGUCUUCAGACAGCUUGGUGAUGUGCAUUUUGGAGAGGAAUUCAAGGAAGCUGUGGCAACAAUUCAAGUUCCUGAUGAACUUCUGACACACCUUCAUGACUAUUUCAUUCACCCGGUGAUAUUGGACUAUUUCUUGCAAAUGACUGCUGUGGUAGUGAUCAGAAAGCUAACAGCCAAGCAGGGAUUCCCCUCAGCUCUCGGUAGUGUAGUCAUAUCAGGACCACUACAAGAGGAAAUGGUCAUGUACUUACGAGCCACUCAAGAGACUCCAGACUUCCUUGAGGUAUGUGGUAGCUUUUGCACUACAGAGGGUCAUGUACUAGUGGAACUGAAGGGUGUGAGGAUCUCGUUUUUGGGCAAAUGCUCAAAUGAUCUUCUGUCGUGGUUCUUCCACAAUGAAAUCAAUGCAAUUCCUGCAAAGAGAGACUCUCAGAGCUGCCAAAUAAAAGCAAUAGUUUUUGAAGAUAAAAUUGGCAUUGCUAAAGGACUCAGGCCAUACAUACACCCAGAGUCGGUGCUUGUGGAGGGCACAGAGCAUUGGAUGGCUGACCAGGUUCGAAAUGUAGUGUCCCGUGCACUGAACACCAAUGAGGAUUUUAAAAAUGUUCUCUUUAUUUGGGGUGUUGAGAAUCUAAGUCAGCUGUCAUCUGAGACAACACUGGACUGCUUGGUGUCCUGCUGUGAGCUUUUUCGCCAGGUUGUUUUAGCCUUGAAAGAGAGCAAACGCUCUUGGACUGUCCAUGUAAUAACCUAUAGAUCGACAGAAACCAUCGUGGACCAUGUCAGUCCGGGGUUUGUGCUGGCUGGUAUGACAAGGGCUUGUGCAGCAGAGAUGGUAGGUCUCUCUUUCCACCUGAUUGAUCUUGCAUCUGUGACUGGUGGAGACAUUCAAACGUUGGUUCAGGUAAUAAACACCUGCGAACAACAAGAGAUCAUGAUUAGUGAAGGGAAGGCAUCAACAACAAGAAUAGCAAGGACACCGAUGAAGGAAGGCGGUUUAGGAGGCGUCGAUAUCGACUCAGUUAAUGUGAGAGACUUUGCUCUGCAGACAUCUGAUCCUUACAGAAUGGCUCACUUGUCUGCCACCCCCUUCGACACAAAUAUAAAUCCUGUCCAAGAGAAGUCAGUUGAGAUCCAAUUAACCAGUGUAUGUGUGCAUUCAUCUGACUACUUUCCUGUCACCAUUUCAGAUUUGAAAUUCGGCAACACGAUGUAUUGGAACAAGCAUACGUUACAGAACCAUCACAAGCUUCUUGCUUUAGAUUUUAGUGGCAUCGUCACCGCCGUUGGGAAAGACGUUUCUGAUCUGAGAGUAGGGGAUCACAUCGCUUCAUGUUAUCCAGUAGCUGCAACUGCGAGGAUUACAAUUCCUGAAACAGCGUGUUACAGCACAAAGAGACUCCCAUUUUUGAAAGCCACUCCAUGUGUUUCCUACUUCAUACUUGCAUGGGAGAUCCUGCAGAGAGUGCUGUCUAAGGUGAAACAACAGCACAGAAAGUUGCUCAUUAUCUCCUCCAGCUUAGCCUCUGCUCUGUUAAAAGUUUUGGCUCUGACAGCAAACAGGUCAGGCUGGCUCGUUUCCUCUCAGCCAGAUUACAGACGACAACUUGUACAUUUUGAUCAGAGCCAUGCAGUUGUUUUUCUGCCCCCAUUUGAUCACACUUGGCGGGAGUUGUAUGACAGUGAAGGACAUGACAGACACUUUAUUUUUAUAUGUAGCAAUGACAUGUCAUCCUCGCUCUCAGCAAACAUGUUUGCGCUAAAGAGUGAACACGUGCAUGUACAUAAGGUUGAUUUGGCUAAUGUUCUCAAAAGAGCCAAUCUGCGAGAAAAUAACAGGAAUGUCUCUAAUUGGCUGAUGUCUUUAGGCUUCAAUACAGCAUCUCUACCUUUAAAAAGGGAGACUCUUCAAGUAUCACACACAAAAGAGCCUCAGACCAACACAGAGGCUGAGUCCUACUUCACAACAAAGAAUGUGCAACAAGUUGUUCUGCAUCACAGAGAGUCUGAUUGUCCAGUGUCUGAUAUCCCUUUACUCUCAAGGCCUGCGCAACUCUUCAAACAAAACUGUGUUUAUAUUGUUACUGGAGGGCUCUCUGGUUUGGGGCUUGAGACGGUAAAGUUCAUUGCCCAUAAUGGUGGAGGAUGUAUUGCAACACUGUCAAGAAGAACUCCGACUGAUGAAAUACAGUCUGAAAUGGAGCUCCUGCAGAGAAAAAGUGGGGUGACGAUCAUGAAUGUCCAAUGUGACGUUUCUGUGUCGUUGCAGGUGGUUGAUGCGAUCUCAAAGAUUGAACAAAGAUUCUCUUCAUGUCCAAUCAAAGGAGUGUUUCACAGCGCAGCAGUACUACACGAUGCGUUAAUCGAGACUCUUGAUCAGUCCCUUUUUCGAAAGGUGCUACAGCCCAAAGUGAGUGGAGCUCUAAACCUUCACUAUGCAACACUUCACAACAAACUAGAUUUCUUUGUGUGCUACUCCUCCAUCUCUUCAUUCAUUGGAAAUCCCUCACAGUGUAACUAUGCGGCAGCCAAUUCCUUCCUCGACAUGUUCUGCCACUAUCGGAGAAACCUUGGACUUGCUGGACAGUCCAUCAACUGGGGUCCUUUGAACCUCGGCCUUUUGUUGAACAAGGACCAUUUCCAAAAGUUCUUGGAGGCGAAAGGGAUGAUGACAAUGGAUGUGUGUGACAUUCAAGAGGCGCUUGAAAAGUGUCUUCUUAUGAACAGACCACAACAAGUCAUAUGCAAGUUCAACUUCAAAAAUCUUCACAUUCAUGUGCUUUCACAAAAUGCAUCUCUCAGAGAGCGGCUGUCAGCUUUAGUGGAAAUUGAGCUAAAAGAUUAUGCAGAUAAUGAACUCAGGAUUCAGCAUUUGUCUUCCUCACAUGGAAGUCUGAGAACAAUUGUGAGUGACAUCAGCAGCGUUGGUGUAGAUGAGCUGCAUGACGACUCAGCUCUGUGUGCACUGGGUAUUGACUCAAUGUUGGCCAUGACUCUGCAGAAUAAGGUCUUCCAAGAGACAGGUGUGAAUAUACCUUUGGUUAGAAUAUUGGACCCCAACAGUACACUGACCACUUUGGAAACUAUUGUAAUGAAGAAUGAAUAAUUACAUGUACUAUACAACAUACAAAAUACUCUGAAUAUUCAGUAAGUCAAAGUUUUGUGAUUGUAAACUGGUUUUAGUUUUUUGUAAAGGGAACUCAUUCUGUGGUAUUGUUCUCAUAGCAGUAAAAUGAGUUAUGGUGGGGUUGCUGGCAGACCCAGAGGCCGAGGCAUGAAGAGUAGUUGUUGAGUAAAAAGGUUUAUUUUGAUGAAGACAAGGGAAGGUGAACAGGUUUACCCGGGAGCAAUCCUGAAUUGAUAUCACUAGGUUUCCAGAGAGGAGCAGGAGUCAGAGGUGAGCAAGUGCUUAUUUAUACAGCCCUAUAAUAAUCUUUUAUAGUUAGUAAGCAUAUUUUAUAGCUGUGGUUGUACUGACAUUUUGGCACAUUUCCAACUUUUUAAAUACAGUGCUGUACUACUUUCUGAUUUGUGAAGUGUGUAUAUUUAUGUUGUAAAGUUAGGUUUUCUCUGGAAUAUUUGUAAAAUAACUGAUUGUCAUUUCCUGGAUGUAUUGUUAUUCAGCUUUUCACACUUUUGUUUACAUAAAUGUGCUUGAUCAUGUCAUAAGUCUAGUUGCAAAACAGCUUAUUAAA